UUAUAUCUAAUAAAAACAUACUUUAAGAAAACCCCUCUAUACAAAAGUUGUGCAAAAUUAGGGUACAGAUUCAGAGUGAGAAGUGCCCAUCGAAGAUGAAGAGAAUUCCUUUGAGUUACUGCUCCAAUGGUAUCCCUUUUCUCUCUUUCUUUACUAAUUCCAUUUCUGGUUCGGCAUUUACAGUUGUUAGACCUUAUUCUUCAUCCCAUACUAAUACAGUAAACGAGAAUGUCAAGUGUUUAGAUGAUGCUGUUAUUGUCUUCCAUCAAAUGCUAUUGCCUGAUGCAUCGUGCUGAUUGUGGGUUUUCGGUGUUACCCAUUUACCUCAAGAAGGGUAUUCCAUUUGAUACCGUCACCUUUACCACACUAAUAAGGGGAAUCUUUGCUGAAAGUAAGGUCAAAGAUGCUGUAGAAUUGUUCAAAAAGGUAGUGAGAGAGAAGAUUUGUGAGCCCAACCAAGUCACAUAUGCAACCGUAAUGAAUGGGCUCAGCAAAAGGGGGCAUACUCAGAAGACUUUAAGUUUGCUACGGUUAAUGGAACAGGGGAACACUAAGCCCGACAUAUUUAACUACAACAUCGUCAUAGAUGCCCUUUGCAAAGAUGGGAACUUAGAUGCUGCUAUCAGCCUUUUGAACGAGAUGAAACAGAAAGGCAUUCCUCCAGACAUAGUCACAUAUAAUUCAUUGAUUGAUGGUUUGUGUAAGCUUGGUCAGUGGGAUAAGAUUAGGACUUUAUUCUCUGAUAUGGCCUUGAACCUUAAUAUUUAUCCAGAUGUGCGCACCUUCAACAUAGUGAUACAUGGACUAUGUAAAGAAGGGAAAGUUGCAGAUGCCGAGGAAGUAAUGAAACUCAUGGUGGGAAAAGGUGUAGAGCCCAAUAUAAUCACGUACAAUGCGAUAAUAGAUGGAUAUUGUUUGCGUGGUCAACUUGAUGGAGUAAGGAGAAUUUUUGAUAUCAUGAUAGAUAAGAACAUUGAGCCUGACAAUAUUAGCUAUAACAUACUAAUAAAUGGAUAUUGUAAGAAAAAGAAACUGGUCGAGGCCAUGCUAUUGUUUUGUGAAAUUUCUCAAAAGGGAUCAAAGCCUAAUGUUGUUACCUACAAUACUAUCUUGCAAGGUUUGUUUGAAGUUGGAAGAAUUGGCGAUGCGGAAAAAAUUUAUGCCGAGAUGCUAUCUACGGGCACCAUACCUAGUAUAUCCACACAUAACACUUUGCUCAAUGGUUAUUUUAAGUAUGGGCUUGUUGAAGAAGCUAUGUCACUCUUUAAAAAGUUGGAAAGAAAGAGAGAAGAUACUAGUAUUGCAAUUUACAAUGUUGUUAUUAAUGGAUUGAGCAAAAAUAGUAAACUCAGAGAAGCUUAUGCUGUUUUUGAGAAACUUUAUUUCAUUGGAUUGCUUCCGGAUGUGAGAACAUACAAUGUAAUGAUAAAUGGAUUUUGUCUUGAAGGGUUGUUUGAUGAAGCUAAAGAUAUUCUAAAAAAAAUGGAAGACAAUGGUUGCUUUCCAGACAAUGUCACUUACAAUGUUAUUGUGCAAGGAUUUCUCAGGUGCAACAAAAUUAGUGAAAUGGCAAUUUUCAUGAAGGAAAUGGCCGAAAGGGACUUCUCAUUUGAUGCAACUACAACUGAGUUUUUGUUAAAUGUUAUAAGGGUGAAUCCUUCCGUCCUCGAUAUGAUACCAGAGCUUAGCUCGGAAAAAAACCAGUGAACAUUUCUUUCACUUGGUUUGUUUGCCUAAACUGCCACUAUUAUACAAUUUCCUUCUUACCCCUGCAAAAGAGACGACAUUCAAUGCAUUUGCAGUAGCUGAAACAAUUGCAGUCAGAGUGUUGCUUGAGCUUUCAAGAUUCUUAUUGUGGAGGUCUCUGACUCACUGUGGUGGAAAUUUCAGAAAGACCCAAGUUUAUUGUCGAAGUAUGUUAUCUUUUGGGGAAUAUGGGAAGCUUUCAGAAGGACUUGCCAUGGAGAACAGUUUGGAAGACAAUUGCACCCCUGAGGGCGACAUGUUUCACUUGGAUCGCUACUCCCCUAUCUUGUUCUGUGCAGCAAAUGCUUUUUGUGUGAAAGUGCCAAUGAAUCAGUAAAUCAUCCACUGCUUCACUGCACCUUCAGUAAAUAGAUAUGGACUAUGUUUCGUGCUAUUUUUGGUGUCCAAUGGAUCAUGCCAGGAUGCAUUAAACUUGCACUAAGCAGCCUGAGGGACAAUGAACACUACACAAUUGCUGUACCUUCCUGCAUUUUUUGGUCUAUUCGGCCAUUUCCUUCAUGAAAAUGGCCAUUUCACUAAUUCUGUUGCACCUGAGAAAUCCUUGCACAAUAACAUUGUAAGUGACAUUGUCUGGAAAGCAACCAUUAUCUUCCAUUUUUUUUAGAAUAUCUUUAGCUUCAUCAAACAACCCUUCAAGACAAAAUCCAUUUAUCAUUGCAUUGUAUGUUCUCACAUCCGGAAGCAAUCCAAUGAAAUAAAGUUUCUCAAAAUCAGCAUAAGCUUCUCUGAGUUUACUAUUUUUGCUCAAUCCAUUAAUAACAACAUUGUAAAUUGCAAUACUAGUAU